AUGCUGCGGACCCUUUGGCAUUUUCUGUCUAGCUUCCUUCCCAGGGCCGUAUGCCAAGGUCCUUCAGAGGAAAAAGAGGAUGAGGCCGGAAACACCACCUCACUUCCAGGCCUCGGGGAGAAAGGGCCAAAGAUGUUGGGGAAACCACAGGACAGAGGGACUGAUCCCACUGAAAGGAGACCAACUAUCCUACUGGUGGUUGGACCCGCAGAGCAUUUUCCAAAGAAAAUUGUGAAGGCUGGAGACAAGGACCUGGAUGGACAGCUGGAUUUUGAGGAAUUUGUUCACUAUCUUCAAGACCACGAAAAGAAGCUGAGACUGGUCUUCAAGAGUCUGGAUAAGAAGAAUGAUGGCCGUAUUGAUGCCCAGGAGAUUGUGCAGUCUCUUCGUGACCUGGGAGUCAAGAUCUCUGAACAGCAGGCUGAGAAAAUACUGAAGAGAAUAAGGACGGGACACUUCUGGGGUCCUGUCACCUACAUGGAUAAAAAUGGGACUAUGACAAUUGAUUGGAAUGAGUGGCGAGACUAUCACCUGCUGCACCCAGUGGAGAACAUUCCUGAAAUCAUCCUGUACUGGAAGCACUCAACGAUCUUUGAUGUAGGAGAGAAUUUGACCGUCCCUGAUGAGUUCACAGUGGAAGAGAGGCAGACCGGGAUGUGGUGGCGACAUCUGGUUGCAGGUGGUGGUGCAGGUGCCGUGUCCAGAACCUGUACAGCUCCCUUGGACCGCUUGAAAGUGCUCAUGCAGGUUCAUGCCUCCCGCAGUAACAACAUGUGCAUCGUUGGCGGUUUUACUCAAAUGAUCCGAGAGGGUGGACCAAGGUCACUGUGGCGAGGGAAUGGCAUCAACGUGUUGAAGAUUGCACCGGAAUCUGCCAUUAAGUUCAUGGCCUAUGAGCAGAUCAAGCGGUUCAUUGGUACUGACCAAGAGAUGCUGAGGAUUCAUGAGCGGCUGUUGGCUGGUUCUCUGGCUGGGGCCAUUGCGCAGAGCAGCAUCUACCCGAUGGAGGUUCUGAAAACACGGAUGGCUCUGAGGAAGACAGGACAAUAUUCAGGCAUGUUGGAUUGUGCCAAAAACAUCCUUUCAAAGGAAGGAAUGGCUGCCUUCUACAAAGGCUACAUCCCCAACAUGCUAGGAAUCAUUCCGUAUGCUGGUAUUGACCUGGCAGUCUAUGAGACACUAAAAAAUGCCUGGUUGCAACGCUACGCUGUCAACAGUGCUGACCCUGGAGUCUUCGUUCUGCUGGCUUGUGGCACCAUCUCCAGUACCUGUGGACAGCUUGCCAGUUACCCACUGGCUCUUGUGAGGACACGCAUGCAGGCCCAAGCUUCAGUGGAGGGUGCUCCUGAAGUGACGAUGAGGGGACUGUUUAAACACAUUCUGAAGACAGAGGGAGCGUUUGGUCUCUACCGGGGUCUGGCACCGAACUUUAUGAAGGUGAUCCCAGCUGUAAGCAUCAGCUACGUGGUUUAUGAAAACUUGAAGAUGACUCUGGGUGUGCAGUCACGGUGA